AUGGGUGUCAAAGGCGGCUGGGAUCUUCUGAACCCUACAAGCUCUGUAUCAUUCGUCGACUGGUCUUCCCAGAAGAUAUCCACCGGCGCUGUACAUGAGUUCGUUCCACGUAUAGGCGUAGAUGCUAGUGGAUGGAUGUCUGCAGCGACAUUCCAUCAUGGGCAGACGAAGAGUCCAGCCCAAGCGUCACUUUUCAAACGACUAGGACGCCUAUUUCAUCUCCCAGUCAUACCUUUAUUCGUGUUCGAUGGCCCACACCGCCCUACUUAUAAGCAUAAAAAGAUUGUGAAGAAGAUGCCAAUCUGGUUAACCAAUGAUUUCAAGCGACUGCUGGAAGGAUUUGGGUUCUCCUAUUGGGACGCUCCAGGCGAAGCAGAGGCUGAGCUUGCGAUGCUCUCAUGCCUUGGCCAGAUUGAUGCUGUGAUGUCAGAGGACUUUGAUACCAUGCUAUUUGGUGCUCAGCAAGUGAUUCGGAUCAAAGAGGAAAGCAACUCCAAAUAUCUGAUCGAGGUUCAUGAGGCCAGAUCCCAGUUCUCCUGCAACAAUCUUGUAAUGAUCGCGUUACUCGCAGGGGGUGAUUAUGAUGAUGGAAUUCAAGGAUGUGGCGUCCAAACUGCAGCUAAUAUCGCAAAGUCAAGUGUUGGAGAAUGGCUGUUUGAUGCCCUUGAAGCAUCCGAAGUUGAUGAUUAUGCCGCUGUUGCCUCCGCAUGGCGUCGGGACCUUUGCACGGCAUUGGAAAAGCAGGGGGCUGGCCGUCUUCAUUCUUGGCAGCGUUCGCUAGCUUCACGUAUCCCGCUUGACUUCCCGAAGGUGUCGGUUCUCAUCCAAUAUAUUCACCCAGUGACAUCCCAAUCCAAUGGGGCGGGUAAUCUACCUGCCGCUCCAUCGCUGCGUCAACCGGACAUAUCCCAACUCGCAAAGCUAUGUGAGGAGCUCUUUGUUUGGGGACAUUUGAUGGGCAUCAUCCGCAAUUUCCGUGAUCAUGUCUUCCCAGGAUUAGCCACCCGUGACCUGCUUCAAGAUCUAUGUAAACGACGGGGACUCUUGAAAGACGACGACACUCAUAUCUCCCAGCAUGCUAUAGUUUCCAAAGUACGUGCUGUACGUGUGAAUCAACGCGAACGAUCACAUUCGGAGUUAUAUGUAUCUCUCAUCAUUCCCGGUGAAAUCCUAACUCAGAUCACCUCUGCGAUUGAUGGGACAUACAAUACCGAUACCACGUCAGACGAGUACGAUCAGUUUGUGAAGAAACCCCAAGUUCAUGCAUGGCUCUCUCGUGUAUUGGCCCUUCAUGCACGGCCGAACAUCUUGGAUGAUACACAACAUCAGACCCUCAAAGCUGGCAAAAAACGUAAGACAGUGUUGCGACUGCAGCCUAUUUACGCGUGUAAUUUUGCAAUCUAG